AUGCGCCCGACAAGCCCGCCGCCCGCCCGCUGGCUCUGCGUGCUGACCGGCGCCCUCGUCUGCGUCCUCGGCCCCGCAGGUGGCUGGGCGGCGGGGCUGCAGCAGGAAGAGUGUGACUAUUUGCGGAUGAUCGCGGUACAGCAUGAGCAGUGCCUGGAGGAGGCGCAGCUGGAGAAUGAAACAGCAGGCUGCGGCAAGAUGUGGGACAACCUCACCUGCUGGCCAGCCACCCCUAGGGGCCAGGUGGUUGUCUUGGCCUGUCCCCUCAUCUUUAAGCUCUUCUCCCCCAUUCAAGGCCGCAACGUGAGCCGCAGCUGCACCGAAGCGGGCUGGACGCCCCUGGAGCCUGGCCCCUACCCCGUUGCCUGUGGCUUGGAUGACAAUUCAUCGAGUUUGGAUGAGACAGUGUUCUACAGUUCUGUGAAGACCGGCUACACCAUCGGCUACAGCCUGUCCCUCGCCACCCUUCUGGUCGCCACGGCCAUCCUGAGCCUGUUCAGGAAGCUCCACUGCACACGGAACUACAUCCAUAUGCACCUCUUCAUAUCCUUCAUCCUGAGGGCCGCCGCCGUCUUCAUCAAAGACUUGGCCCUCUUCAACAGUGGGGAGACGGACCAUUGCUCCAAGGGCUCGGUGGGCUGCAAGGCAGCCGUGGUCUUAUUCCAGUACUGUGUCAUGGCCAACUUCUUCUGGCUGCUGGUGGAGGGCCUCUACCUGCACACCCUGCUCGCCGUCUCCUUCUUCUCCGAGCGGAAGUACUUCUGGGGGUACAUAUUCAUCGGCUGGGGGGUGCCCAGCACAUUCACCCUGGUGUGGACCAUCAUCAGGAUCCAUUUUGAGGAUUAUGGAUGCUGGGACACAAUCAACUCCUCACUGUGGUGGAUCAUAAAGGCCCCCAUCCUCGCCUCCAUCUUGGUGAAUUUCAUCCUGUUCAUUCGCAUCAUUGGAAUCCUGGUUCAGAAACUGCGGCCCCCAGAUGUCGGGAAGAGUGACAGCAGCCCGUACUCGAGAUUGGCCAAGUCCACCCUUCUGCUGAUCCCCCUGUUUGGCGUGCACUACAUCAUGUUCGCCUUCUUCCCCGACAACUUUAAGGCUGAAGUGAAAAUGGUAUUUGAGCUCGUCGUGGGGUCUUUCCAGGGUUUCGUGGUGGCCAUACUCUACUGCUUCCUGAAUGGUGAGGUGCAGGCAGAGCUGCGGCGGAAGUGGCGGCGCUGGCACCUGCAGGGCGUCUUGGGUUGGGACCCCAAAUACCAGCACCCAUCCGCAGGCAGCAACGGGGCCACGUGCAGCACGCAGGUCUCCAUGCUGACCCGCGUCAGCCCUGGCGCUGGCCGCUCCUCCAGCUUCCAGGCCGAAGUCUCCCUGGUCUGA